CUCCGCGCCACAAGCUACAGACAUUCAAUAUCAGUAAUGACGAUCCUGCUCGAGUCUUUGCGUGUACUCACCACUUGUUCGUCCGUGAUGCUCAACGUGUCGCCGUGGCCAGAGUUCGCGCGCAUCAACCGUCAACGUACACCCGGUCCGCUGACGGUGCUGCCCGUCGUCAUGCUUUUCUGCAACUCGUUCCUGUGGACCAUGUACGGCUUCAUGGUGGGGCAGCUCUUCCCUCUUUUCGCCACCUGCUCCAUGGGUCAGUGCACAUGCGCGGGUUUCAUCGCCAUCUAUUACCGUUGGAGUCCGGAUCGGCCGGCGGUGCGUCGUCUCAUUGCCAAGGCGGGCUCCGUUAUGGCACUCUGUAUGGCCUACGUGAUCCUCGGCGCGCACGGGUUCACUAACCAGUCUCGCGAACAGGUGAUCGGUACGCUUGGCCUCAUGUGUAUCUCCGUCAACAUUUGCCUGUACGCGUCGCCGCUGGACACCAUGAAGCGCGUGGUGCAGACCAAGUCGGCUGCGUCGCUGCCCAUUUCGCUGUGUACCGUCAAUCUGAUCAAUGGCCUGCUCUGGGUGGCCUUCGGUAUCACCGAGGGCGACUACUUCGUGCUCACACCGAAUGCGAUUGGCUCUGUGCUCAGUGCCGCGCAGGUUGCGCUUUACUUCACUUAUUGCGACACGGACGAGUCUCGCCGGGAGGAGGAGACGAUUCUGGCUGCUGCUGCCGAACUGGAAGCUGCGAGCAAAGCCAGCAGCGUGAAAACGACAAGCUCCUACGGCAGUCUGACUAAGAUCCCGUCGACAACGUCCUUCGUCCCGCACACCUGCCACUCGGUUGUCGACGUGCAUACAGAACGUGAGAGGGAACCGAUUCUGGUGGUGGCUGCAGUUAAUUAGGUAGUACAUGGGAUAAAACACUUAUAAACGAAUGCUUGUUGUUCGUUAGAGGG